AUGAGUGGUUUGAAAGUUUUGUUGAUUCUUCUUUCAUUUGAAUACCUUCACCUGGUAUCGCCAGAAAGAGGUCCACCUUUUGAUCUUUCUCAACAGGAGGGAGGUGAUGUGCGAGACCAGGAAACGGAAACGGGAGGUGAUGUGCGAGACCAGGAAACGGAAUCGGGAGGUGAUGUGGGGGACCAGGAAACGGAAAGAACGAGAAUUCAUGGAAUGUAUGAAUCCCAUCAAAAAGACUAUCGCCUUUGGAAACAGCGAGAAGGUCCAUCUUACAUUAUUCCGUACAUGAUUACAGGGAUUUAUAACCAGGGAGAGCUGAAGAAUAUAACUGAUGCAAUGCAACGCAUUCAAAGUAACACAUGCAUAGUUUUCAGAAAAAGGGGAAGCGAAUACCCUUAUCUUAAAAUACAAAAUACUCCGGAUGGAUGCGUCACACACGUUAGAGCUUCUCCAAUGCUUUUAAAUCUUCAAGCCGAUAAACAAGGAACUUGCUUGAACGUAGAAACAGUGCUUCACGAGCUGCUUCAUGUAGUGGGACUCUCACACGAACAUCAGCGUCCCGACCGCGAUGAAUACAUCACAAUUAACUACGAAAACAUCAAGAACGGUUCAAAAAGUCAGUUCGAUAAGCUUCCCAAUAUGGUUGCUUUUGGCACGUACAAAUACACGUCAAUUAUGCACUAUGGUCCAACAGCUUUUGGAAGAGAUAAGACAUCAAUUACCAUAAAAACAAAUGAUGCACGGUAUCAGGAAGUGAUAGGCAAAGCAAAGGACGCCAUUCUUGAGGACUAUAUAAAGGUCUGCACCAUAUAUGGCUGUGUUUGUCACGGAAUUCCGUACUGAAGCCACCAUUUUCUCCUUAAUGCAUUGGCACAUAAUGAAGAUGAAGUUUGAGUACAGUUUUGAAC